AUGGUCUCCUUCUGGCCUUGGAGGGGCGAGUCCUCCGACACGGCAUCCUUCGAAAAGACUCUCUCGAACCUCUCCACAAAGAUCGCCGCCAACCAAGCGCAUCUCGACAAACUGCGCUCGCGCGCCCGACGGGUCAAGGUACUAUGGACGCUCUACAUGACCUUUGCCUUCCUUGUCUACGCCGUCGUUAUGAUUGCCGUGGUGGGAUAUAAUCGCAUGGGCGCGUACGAGUGGACAGCAAUGGCAGGCGGUCCCGUCUUGAUCUAUGCUACUAGAAGGCUGACAACCGGGUACUUCAACCUGCGAAUCGACUCCCUCUCUCAGAAGCUUAAAGAGCAGCAAGAGGAACGAGCAAAGACGAUCCAGAAGCUCAAGGACGCGACCAAGUAUGACUCCACGAUGGAGCUCAUUGAGAAGUACGGCGGGGCAGAUGGCAAAUCUGGAAAGGGCAAGAAGAAGGCUGCUGGCGACGGCGGAGACGACACCGCAAAGGCCAACGAUGGCAAGACAGGCAAGCAUCCGCAAGGUCCGGCUCCCAGCCGGACGACAAUGCCACCGCCUCCCACCGCGAACAUUCAGAGAAGAACGGACGUACCUCAGCAGCAGCACCGCUCGCGACCGCAGGCGAUGGAGGAGGCCAACGCCGAGUUCGCGCCCAAUGCCGAGUACACCCAGAUGCCGCCCCUGGCCCACCAGCACCAGCAGCCACCACAUCAACCGCCCGAAUCGCACUGGUACGACCGCGUGUUCGACGUUUUGCUCGGCGAGGAUGAGACGGCGCCCAAGAAUCGCAUCGUCCUCCUUUGCAGCCAAUGUCGCCUUGUGAACGGGCAAGCACCGCCAGGUGUCAAGACGCUCGCAGAAAUUGGCAAAUGGAGAUGCAUGGCAUGCGGUGCCAUGAAUGGGGAAGUCGCUGAGGACGAAGGGCAUCGGAUCGUGCGAGAAGUUCUUGGCGAGCAGACGGAAGAACCUGCAGAGGAUAUGCCCGUCAGCGACAGCAGCAGUGAUGCGGCAGAAGCUGGAGAUAGUCCCGCUGCCACGGUCAAGAAACGGAGAAGCAGGCUGUCCAAGUGA